AUGACAGACAUAACAAUCACUCCAACUAAGAUUGAGGACAUUAAUCAUCAUAUCAACAAGCUUAGUAUAAACGAACUUAAGCCACUUCCAUUACCUAAGAAUCUUGAAUUAUUACCCAAUCGUAGUUUUGAAGAAUUCGUCAAUGACAAGGAGUUAGUUCAAGGUUAUGUUAAACAAUUAGAUACAUAUAAGAAAGAGCAAGAAGAAUUGCUUAAGCAAUUGUCUACUAUAGAUCAUUUACUUCUGAAUGAAAUAAGUCAACUAAUAAAAAACUAUAAAGAAGUUACUAAUAAGAUUCUUCAACAAAUUCAAAGUAUUCAAAUUAUAUAUCAAGAAUUUUUAAAUUUAGAGACUUAUCAAUAUCAAAUGUUAUCAAGUAAUUAUAAUCAACAAACGUUAAAGAAUAAAUUCAAGUUAUUAAUAGAACAAAACAAUCAAGAAAGUCUCCAAUUGAUUAAACAAUUAGAAACUUCGUCCAAACCAGAAUUGAAUGAAAGUGAAUUUGCCCAAUUUAUCGAUGAUUUCAGAUCAAGUAGAAAAGAAUAUCAUUAUAGAAAAGAGAAAUUAAAUAGAUGGAAUGAAGAAAGAGUCAGUGGAUUCUUGUAG